UGUAUCCAAACCUAAAAAGCUCAUUGUUCUCUUUCAUUCACAAAUCAAUGCAAGAAUUUCUGGCUGCAGUAAAUAUUGGUAUAAAUUUCAAUGCAAAAAUGUGUUCAUCAGAUAGUACAGGAAAUGUUGAAUUAGUCAAAAUGUUUAUUUGUGAGGUUUUUCGGAAUUGUUCAACAGUAAAUGACAUAUUAGAGCAGUCAAAUGUUAUCAUUAUGCUAUGUGGUCUAGAACCUAGAUUAGCAACACAUGUUUCAAAAUACAUAUAUGAUACUGUGUCAGAAGACUCUCGUGUUCAGGAAUACAGGAGGACAAUAAGUAACAUUUUUUAUAGCGAUCAUGGUUUUAUUGCUGAUAUUCAAAAGCUUAUGUUAGAAUCAAUGGAAGAAUUCAAUGCAGCAUGUAGUAUAGGAAAUAAUCCUGUUUUUUAUAUAGGAGAUUUGGUCAUUGAUGAUAGUGAGGUUUGUGAUAUUGUUUGUUCAGGUAUUGAUCAGCAUCAGGUUGUUCCUGACUCUGUUCUGUCUAUUAAUGUAGGUUACAUCAACACACACAAUGUUAAAGUUACAAAAUAUUUACCAAUAUUUCACCAUCUUGAAAAAAUUGUAAUACAAUAUGGAUUGUUGUUCGGUCCACAAAGUCAUAGUACACAGAGUACCAGUGAACAGAUGAUUAAUAAUUGUGUUUAUGAGACAAUUAAAGUAAAUACUUCAACAUUAAAAUCUCUAUCUCUUUAUCGUGUCUCUUACAAUGACAAGUAUUACCCAGUGUGUACAACAGUUGUUAGUAACCUACCUAGUAUGAUCAAUCUUGUAGCAAUAAGUAUGAUAUAUAUAACAAUGAGUUAUGAUGAUACUACUACAUUUUGUAAUUUUCUUGAGAGAACCAGUCAUCUUGAACAAAUACAUCUUAAUGUUAAAUGUGAGUGUAGGAACCAGCAUGAUGUAAAUUUAUCAAAACAUCAACAACUUCAGUACCUUUAUUUGUUUGAUACUGCUAGUGUGAUAGAUGUUGAUACUACAAACCUUGAAAUAUUUAAAUUUGAUAAAUUGAAAAAUAGUAAUUAUGAGAAAAUAUUUGAUAUUAUUAGAAAAUCUAACAAAUUAAAAGAACUUGAAUUGUAUGGAGAUAUUAACAAUAAAUCUCAAAUAUAUCAUACCAACAUAACAAAGAGACUUGUCACAGUAUUACCAUUGUUACACAAUCUCAGUAAGCUUGAGUUACAGUUGUGUAGGUUAACUGACAAUAUAAUACAGUCACCUUUAGAGAUGAAGAGUUUAAAGAACAUUGAGCUUGAUUUUGUCAUAAUGAGUUUGACAACAUGGCAGAAGUUUGUUGAUAGUCUUCCUCAUAUUCCUCAUACUGUAGAUGUGAAUGUAAGGGGCUGUUAUAUAACAGGAGAUGGUGAGGAGUUUAAUGAUGAUAAGUUAACAUUGACACCAGGAGGACUUGUAGGAGAGAAGGUAAAUGAUGCUAAACAGUAUGUGAAGGAUAAGGAUCAGUUAUUUCAUGUUAAACGUGAUGGUUAUUGCUUUGAAUUUUCAACAAAAAAGUGAUAUAGGAUACAUGUAGUAUUUAAACUACAUUAUAUUGCAUGUUAAAAGAGAUGAUAAUUUUUUUAUCAUUUUUGACCAAGAAAAAUCUGAAUUUUUAACAUAGUGAGAUAGAAAACAUGCAGUUAACAUAGUGCUUAAUCUAAAUUAUUUCAUGAUAAAAAGACAUAAUUAUUAAAAUAAACAUUAUCAGCAAAAAAAAAUAUAAUAAUAAAGUUACAUAUUGAUAAGUUAAAUAAUGAAUUUAAUACAAUAUGAUAGAUAACAAUCAUCAAAAACAGUUCAUUAAAUAUUAAUUUCUGAUCAUUGUUGAUAUAUUGAAAUUGAUAAAAGUAAUAUUCAAAUGUGUAUUUAAAUAAAUAAAUGAAAGAAAUGCAGUGAAAUAUAAAGAAAAAAUAUAUUAAUCUGGAUAAAGGUAAAGGUUAUUUUCUUAAAUAUCAGAUAUAGUUUGUGAAAAGAAAUAUGAUUUGAAAAAAGUAAUGUCUUAAUAAGAAUGCAUAAAUAGAUUUGUUAAUAAACAAGUAAAUAAAUUAAUAAAUAAGUAAAUUUAAUGAAAAUAUCAUAAAACAGAUGUUUAAUGUAAUUUACAUGGUCAGAAAAGUUAGAAGUAAAAGAUAACAUGCAAAUACCAGUCGUAUAAAUAUGUAUGGCAAUGGAAUGGUAUAUAUAAAUACCAGUUAUAUGAUAUAAAGGACAAGGGAAUCAGGUAUAUAUAAAUACCAGUUAUAUCAUAUUGUACAAGGGCAGAAGAAGUAAAUGAUUAAUGUAACUGAAUGAAUAGAUAUUUGUUAUAUGAUAUAUUGGACAAUGUAAUGAUAUAAACAAAUACUAGUUAUAUGGUGUAUAGGGUAAUAUAUGAACUCCUGUUAUAUGAUAUAUUGGACAAUGUAAUGGUAUAAACAAAUACUAGUUGCACGAUACUUAGGACAAGUGAAUAAAAACCAGUUUUAUUAUAUAAAAUACAAGGGAAUGGUAUAAUGAACUAUAAAUGAAUGGUGUUUACAUAUAUAAAUACCAGUUAUAUGAUAAAUAGGACAAUGAAAUAGUUUAUAUGAAUACCAAAUAUUUGAGCAGUGUCAUGACAAAACCAACACAGUGCGUUUGCGACCAGAAUGGAUCCAGACAAGCCUGCGCAUCCGCGCAGUCUGAUCAGGAUCCAUGCUGUUCGCUAUCAGUUUCUCUAUUUGUAAUAGGGUUGUAAAGCGAACAGCAUGGAUCCUGAUCAGACUGCGCGGAUACGGUCGCAAACCCAUUAUGUUGGUUUUGUCGUGACACGGCUCAUAUGUUAUUUAGGACAAAGGAAUGGUAAAAGUUAUAUGGUAUGUAGGAUAAGGGAGUGGUAUAUGUAAAUAUUGGUUAUAUGAUUAUAUGUCAAGAGAAUGGUAUUAUUAAAAACAAGUUAUAUGGUAUAUAGGACAAGGGAAUGGCCUUUCUAAAUACCAGUUAUAUGAUAUAUAGAACAAUGGAAUGUUAAUAUACAAAUACCAGUUAUAUGUUAUAAAGGACAAUGAAUUGUAUAAUAAAUACCAGUUAUAUUAUUCGUUAUAAAGAUUGUUGACAGGUUAUAUGGCCCUAUAUAAACGGCUUUUUGUAACGGCUCGGGUUUUAUUGCAAACAGCCAUUUAUAUACGGCCAUAUAACCUGUCAACAAUCUUUAUAACGAAUUUAUAAUACAGCAAGCAUCAUUUUGUGGAGGAAAAGUAAGAUAUUGACAGCAGCCGUGUAUAUAAAUCUAUAUAAACAUCACGAUUAUCCAAUGAAAAGCGACUUUACAAACGUACAGUAUUAUAAGAGAUAAAGUACAGGGGUACAGUAUAUGUUAUUACCAGUUAUAUAUAGGAUUACAUGUAUAUGAUAUAGAGGAAUAGUAAAUUUUAUAUGUGAAUACCUGUUAUAUGAUAUAUAGGACAAGUGAAUGGUAUACAUAAUUGUUUUAUUCAUUGAGAUGAGAACCAUUUACAUGUUUUAUUUUAGAGACUCCUUCUUUGAUUGUUUUAUAUUGUAAAGAUUGAAAAAAAGUGAGAAAAAAAAUUAUGAUUAUGCAAAACGAUAAUGUGUACAAGUUAAUACUGUUAGUCAGUAUUACUCAAAUUGUUAAAGGGACUCCACUGAGGAUUUUUGACGUAUUCAGAAUUAUAUUUACUUAAUUUUUUUAGAGUAAUAUAUGAGAGUUAUAAGAAGUCAAUGUCCGAGGACCAUGGACUAUAACAUAGAUUUUGACAGAUUUAUUUCCCUUUUUGAUAUCAGAAAAUUCUGCAUUAUCCAUCACUGUGGCUAGUUGAGGACACUGUGCUAUUGAGAGCUCUUGUUUUUCAAAAUUGUAUAUAAAGUGUUUAAAUGUUUAUAGUUAAAGUCUGUCUGAUAAUAACAGUUCAUUAAUAUCGAUUUUCAGUUUUAUUUAGAGUAUAUUUCUUCAGUAUCAUUUUUAUGUUUUCCGUAUUGAAUACCCCGAUUAAUCUGUUUUGGAUUUUCUACUUUAAUUAUUUUUUGCUUGGCUUUUGGGCCUCAAUGGAGCUCCUUCAAGGGAACUUUUUGUGUUAGUGUUAGAAUGAUAAAUUUAAACACAAGGCAAUUAUAAAUAUACUUUGCUGUAAAUUUAGAUGUACUGUAUAUACUGUUAUUACAAAGACAGUAUAACAUUAUUUUUAAUUAAAACAAGUUAUACACGAUUUAUGUAAAUAUGAUUUCAUUAUACCUUCAUAUAUAUGCUCAAUAGAAAUGUACAAUUGAGAUAAAAUAUACAUGGCUGUCAGAUGCAAGUGCUUAUUGACUCUUCAACUGGCUUUGUUGCCUUUGGGUUACACCUCAGUGAUAUAAACCAGUUCUCAGCUGCCCCUCCGGGAUAAAUAUAAGUUAUAAGCUGCCCCUCGGGGAUAUACAAGUUCUCAGGUGCCCUUCAAGAUAUAAACCAGUUAUCAGCCCCGCCCCCUCAGAAUUAUUUAUCAGUUCUCAGCUAACCCUGGGAUAUAUACAAGUUCUAAGUUGUCCUUCCGUAAUAUAUUCCAAUUCUCAGCUGCCCCUCGUGAAUAUAAACCAGUCCGUAGUUGCCCCUCGUGGAUAUAUACCAGUUUACUGCCCCUUGGUGGAUAUAUACCACUUGUCGGCUACAUCUAAGGGAUAUAUACCAGUUCUAAGCUGCCCCUUAGACACCAAUACCUGUUCAGAGCUACACCCCCGGAAUAUAUACCUGUUCUUGACUGCACCUUGGGGGAUAUAUAUAAGUUAUCGACUACCCCGCAAUAGGGGAUGUAUUCCAGUUCUCGGCAUAAGUCAGUUCUCAGUUACCCUCAGGGAUAUAUACAAGUUUCAGCUAUACCUGAGGGAUAUAUACCAGCUCUCGGAUACCAAUAUGCUCUCUCACACAGACAGCCAUAUUUUAUAAGGUUGUAUACUAUCAGAUAUUUAUGUUCAUAUAUAAUUUAUGUGACAGUUGAAUUAGAAUUUUUAGUUAAACAAUGUGUCAUAUUAUAGUACCAAGACAAUAUAACAUUAUAGGUAUACAUAAGUUAUAUUUCUGCUGAUGUUAACAUAAUUAUGAUAUGCUAUUUUACAUGUAUUGUAAAACAUAUGUUACAUGAAAUAACUAAAAAGAUAUGUUGUAAUAUACUGUCUAAAAAUGCAUCCUGGGUAAUUUAAGCAUACUGGUUAUGAAUACACUUCAUUCGUGAUGAAUGUAGUUCAGCCAAAUAUGUAUGUAUGGGUUCCGACAAUGCUAAAAUAUAUAUUAAAUGUUUUCAGACAGUAAAGAUAUAACUACAUUUUAUUAUAGGUGUGUUAGUUUUUUAUGCUUGCUGAUGUUAGUAUAUACCAAGAUUAAGAUAUGUUAUAUACAUGUAUAAACAUAUUUUACACAUGUCUGUUUGUUACAUGCAAUUCUGAUUGAAUGUAUAUAGUACAUAAUAUUACAUGUUAAAGGGACUCCACUGAGAAUUCUUGACAUGCCGGGACUGGAAAUAAUUUUUUUGAGAUUAUUACUCCAUUUGAUGUAGAUCUAUACUAAUAACCUAUAAGCAAAAUUUUAGAUCAUUAGCUCGCUCCCUUUUUCCAGAAUUAUUAUUAUAAUAGUGAAAAAUGACCCAAAAUUGAAAAGUGUUUAAACGCUUUUCAAUCAAAUCGGACUGAGAAUAGCACAAACAUACAAUUUUCAAUGUAUUUCUUGUAUAUUUCUUAGUUAUAUUUAAUUUAUAUUUCUGUUUAAAGUGCUUAUGUUUAUUUAUGUGAAAAUUAGAAUGUUAUGUUUUUAGGCUUAUAACCUCAGUGGAGUUUUCUUUAAUAUUGUUAAUUGUAUAAUUUUAUAACGGGUUGUGUUAUGUGACAUAACACUAUACAUACAUUUUAAAUUGUUGUAACUAUUUGUUUUAAAGGCCCAUUAAGCCUUAAAAAUGCAAUCACUUUUAUUUUAUAAAUCUCAGUGGAGUUCCUUUAAUAUUGUUAAUUGUAUAAUUACAAGCUAUUGCAAUCCUUUUAUGAAAAUAAGAUUAUAUUAUUUUAUAACAAGUUAUGUUAUGUGACAUGACACUAAUACAUACAUUUUAAAUUGUUGUACCUAUUUGUUUUAAAGGCCCAUUAAGCCUUAAAAAUUCAAUCACUUUUAUUUUUCAAAAAGCUUUCCUAAUUUUUUAUCCAAAGAGUUUCUCAUUAUCAGAGCCAUCUGUUGUUGUUUUUGCAGUACAGAACAGUUAUGAUGAAUAAGUAUUUAGUAUGGAUGUUAAAUAACCAUUUUGUUGACAUUUUGCUACACAAAUCAUAUUUUCUUUUCAAACUCUUUUUUUUUGCCAUGUGAUAAGAAUAUCACAUGUUGUAAAUCUAUUAUUACAACAUUAUAAAACACAUAUUUGCCCUUUUUUACAAAAAAAAUAUA